AUGGCAAAUCCGUGGAGCAACGUUAUGACCCCAACCACCGAGGCCACUCCACUUCAUCCCUCACACGUCAUCGCCUUCGCAGACAGGCAACACCAGCAGAAGGCAAAACAGAGGGACAAAGGACCACAAACAACCCCUAAGAAGACAUAUGCGUUGAAAGACCGAGAUUUCGUCACCUAUAACUACACAGAGGGUCGGGGGGAGGAGGACGACAACACGCUAUCCAAUAUUCUCGUCCGGGCCAUGCAGCGGAAGACGAGACGGAAGGAGAUCGAUGAGGCGAUGAAGAUGAAGCGACUGCAGGAAACGAAACAGAAGGCGGAGGAGGAAAAACGACGUUGCCAGGAAGCUAAAUUUAGACAGGAGGCGAGACUGAGAGAGAUGAGGGAGAUGCACCAGCUACGGCUCAUGAAGGAGGAACAGUGGCGGGCGCGCGAGACCAGACAGGCGAAGAAUAAUAAACUGGCUGAUGAUUUUAGGAAGACAUGGUUACUGCGUCGCUACUUCAGGGCCUGCAGGAGACUUGUAGAGAUGAGCAGAGCCAACAGGAUCAAGGCCAGGAAUCACUACAGGCAGAAAGUAAUGCACAGAGCCUUCUCCAGUCUACGCAUCCACAGCUGCAAGGAGAUUCAGUGGAGGGAUCAGAUCGCUACGCAGUUCUACGAAGCGUAUCUCCGGCAGAAGUACUUUGAGCGAUGGAAAGAGGCGAAGGCGCGGCGGGAGCAGCAGAUGGCGCGGGCAACCCACCACCACCAGAAGCGUCUCUUGCGGCAGGCGUUGUCGGGGUGGCGAUGGGCGGCCGUUGACCUCGUGUUGCAGCGGAGGGCGGAGUCUCUGAGGGCCUCGCAGCACUACCAAGGCAAACUUCUCGUCCACGGCUUGUCUGCAUGGAAGCGUUACGUGGAGGAGCGCAGGGCCAGGCGACAGAGGGACGUGGUUGGCACCCGGCUACGCGGCCUCGUCAAGGACAUCGUGCCGGACUUCUCACCCUCCUCUGACGACGACGAUGACGAAGACGACGCGACCAAGAGAUGUGCUGACUGGAUGCUGUCUUUGGUCACCUGAAUCUGAUCCACAUGGGGAAAAUAUAAUUGUCUUCGUCAGUAUUGUAACAUUAUUUUAGUCAUACGAAUCGAAACUAUGCUAUUAUUAUUAUUAUUAUUAUUAUUAUUAUUAUUAUUAUUAUUAUUAUUAUUAUUAUUAUUAUUAUUAUUAUUAUUAUUUUUAUUUAGUAUAUACUUAGGUAAGCAAAUGUAUGUAUGUAUGUAGGGGCUAUGUAUGUAUGUAUGUAUGUAUAUAGCUAUGUAUGUAUGUAGCCUAUGUAUGUAUGUAUUAAUGCAUCUAUUAAUUGUUCUGAUUAAUCUAAUAGCACAUUUUAAUUUAUUUAUUUGUCAAUAGUGCGCAGCUAUUGACGCGGGUACAUAUUGUAGGACAUUAAUAGCUAGCUACUUGUAGUAGUAUCUAUCGGUAUCUUUCUAUCUAUCUACACACACACACACACACACACACACACACACACACACACACACACACAGUUGUGACCUCGUUGUCGCGGUUUGUUGUGUGUGAGUGGUCUCAGUCCUACCCAGAGAUCGGUACUAUGGGCUCUGUGCUCUUCCGUAGGGGAACGGCUGGCUGUCUCGACACAGACACACACACACACACACAGACACAUAACAUCUCCCAAACGUUUUCCAUCGUUUCUGUCUUAUGGUUCUCGUUUCCCGUCGAUGUUAACAUUUUAUAUAGCUGCUUAUUUAUUCCAUUGUAAUUUCCUGAGCAGUCCCUUAAUUUGGUUUCUUUAUACCUGUCAUUUUCCGCAGUUAUUCAUUUAUCUUAUUAUCCUAUCUCAAAUAUAUAUCCGGAUCAUUGCUAUUUCUUGAAUUUAAUUACCUUUAUUAUGCCUUCUGCUUUUGUAAGCUUUGCUAUUCAUUUGCACUUUCCUUUGUCUAAUAUAUAAUGAUUCCUAGAAUUUAUCUCAUCGUUUCUCU